AUGGAUCGACUCACCUGCGUGAUGCUCUUGAUAAGCACCCGGCAUGUUCGAAGACUAUUGCAAUCACUAAACGAGUUCGGAAAGAUUUGUUUGUCAGAUAACCUCUCAUUCGGCGGAUCCUGCUACCACUUCGUCCAGACCAAGUCCAACUUUUCCUCUGCAAAAUCAACAUGCGAAUCAGUUCACGGUUGGCAUCUCGUCUAUAUCGGCUCGCAGGAAGAACAAGACUUCCUUGAGAGGGAGCUACCGCACAUGGCGGAAGGAUACUGGAUUGGGUUAUCCAGUGUGACCUGGCUUGAUGGUAGUAGUCUCACCUACAACAAUUUCGGAGGACCUUAUGUUUCGACGUUUAAUAAUGAAGGGAUUGCUUUCCGAAUUUCAAAGGGCUCUCGAGCAUGGUACGAUGCGAGUUACAAUGGGAAUUUCCGCUUCAUUUGUGAAAACGAAGGGGCUGUCUGUGUUGGUGAUGACAUCGGACACAACGAUUCGUGCUACCACUUCUCAGCGGUGAACUCCAGGUUCCCUGAAUCAAGAUCUACCUGUGAAGGAUUCGGGAUGCACCUGGUUUACGUUGGAUCUCAAGAAGAGCAGGACUUCCUUGUUAGUCACUUGGUGGACACCGAAGAGUACUGGAUCGGUCUGUCAAGUAUGGUUUGGCUUGAUGGCUCACAUCUCGUUUACAACAAUAUCCCAUAUCAUGAUUUUGCCUUUGAUGACGAGGGAAUAUGCUUCAGGAUGUACCCAUCAGACCUGGUGUGGUACGAUCAGAACUGUUCCGAUAGCUAUCAUUACAUUUGUGAGAAAGAAAUCGAUAACCAAGAACCAACUUCGACCGUACAGCCUUCAUCCCAUCAAGCUCGCAGUAGAUCGUCAUUCAUCAAACUUCUCGCCGUCAACUUGUCGCUCACCGGAAGUCACGUGAUUGCAUCUCAUAGCGUUCAUUCCGUUACUAGAUGCGCCAACUUAUGUCUUGACGUAGAAACGUGCUCAUGUUUUUCGUUCAUCGAGCACGAGAUGGCGUGCUUACUUGGAGAAAUUUGCGAGGUCGAAGACGACCUGAACUUUUACACACAACAAGGGGCUAUAACAUAUUCCCAACUACAGCCCUGAGAACAUUCUAUCACGAAAAUGCUUGCAAAUUUUAAAUGUUCAUAAAUAAAUUAACUGUGCCUGGACAUUAUACCGAUGAAUAAAGAGUUCGAGUCGGUUGAGAGUAAAUGACUGUUACACCAGGUGAAUAAACCAAUACAAGGAGACGGUUGAACAAACUGGUCAGGGAUCAAAGUGGCAUUUAGACGAAGCGGCAAUCCAUGGUGCUGCUGACAGGCCUAAUCAUGAGGAUACGCAACCUUCCCAUGAGUUUUAUGUGCAAUUGACAUGGUGGGGGACGAAAAGCUAUUGACGGUAUAUAGGAUCCUUGAAGAGACCCAAGAUAUGAUAUAGUUGUCGUGCAUUUUAGUAGAUAUACCAAAUGUGCAUAACAAAUUCUCUUCAUUUGCAUUUUGUCGUGUUUGUUUUUAACAUUAUUCUCAUAUCGUAUCCAUGUUAUACUUAGU